AUGUCACUUCAUUCAAUUCUCCAAAUGUCUCGAGCAUCGAUGAGAGCCAAGACGCAGAAUGCAAAUGAGAGGACUGCUGUCUACUUCGCAGCAUCUAUCGCCGGUCUCUGUGUUAUUCUUGCCGCUGCACACUUUAUCGGUGGUUUGUUGAUGAACUCCAACCCAAAUGGCAGUGGAAUGUUGGCAAGAAACCUCAUCAAGAAAGCACGGAUUGUCCGAAGCGGACUUCUCCGCAAGGUGCCACUUUUUCCUAGUCUGGGCCAUGCACUUGUCUUUACAGCCUACAUUACCAUCAACAUCACUCUGCUUCUUCAAUAUCUUGACCUCAGUGUACGCAGGAACUGGGCCACAAGAAUGGGAUGGAUCACGGCAUGCAAUAUUGCUCUCAUCACUUUCUUGGCUCUGAAAAAUACCCCUCUGGCUUUCUUAACAGCAUAUUCCUACGAACGGUUGAAUAUCUUACAUCAAGCCGCGGGCUACUGCACAGUCCUCUUCGCAAUGCUCCAUGCUGUUCUGUACAUUACGACGAACACAAAACUAGGCUCACUCUCAGAUUUGCUCGAGCCAGAGCAAAUUAUGGGCAUUGUCGCUGGCUUCGCCAUGCUGUUUAUGUUGACGACAGCGCUAACACUCAGACGCAUUCGAUAUGAGGCUUUCUACAUUGUCCAUAUCGUUAUGUUUAUGCUUGUUAUCAUCGCCGUUGGUAUGCAUCGGCCAGAAUUUCAGAUGAAGGCAAUCUACAUUAUCAUCUUCUCAGCUUGUAUCUGGGGAUCUGACAGGUUACUUCGAGGUCUCAGAAUGGUCGUGCAUGCUUUCGGGAAUUGCGUACAUGCCUACCCCCUCCCACAAGGUGGCAUUCGCAUUGUCAUGAGACGUACACCAUGGCGGUCAGUCCCUGGCACUCAUAUCUUUCUCUGGAUCCCCAAGGUUCGAGCGAUGGAGACUCACCCUUUCACUAUCCUGUCAACAAGCUCUCUCGAAGUUGUCAUCUCUUCGCAAGAUGGAUUUACGAGAGACUUGUUCUCCCUUGCGUCUAAAAGGCCCGGUGAUCUGCUUAUAGCUUCUUGCGAUGGCCCAUAUGGUACCCUUCCCGAUUUCGCAAAGUUCAAACAUGUUGUUCUUGUCGCUGGUGGUAGUGGGGCAACUUUCACUAUUGGUGUCGCCCUCAAUCUCAUCCACAAGCUCCCUUCAAGCGGAGGGAAACCGUUGAUUCAUUUCAUCUGGGUCAUUCAGGACCACGAAAUGAAAAAUUGGUUCGAGAAGGAGCUCGUUGAAUUAAGCCUCUCUCCUCUGGUGAAGCUCACCAUCUACGUAACACGAACCUUCAACGCGAGGACCCCAACAAGCGAGAGACAAAUUCCCCAUCAAGUAAUGACUCAAGCAUCAAACUUUGAAAAGUCUGGCGCUCAUAUCGCUGACCCAGAGAAAUCUGCCCCAGGCAGUUGUUCCCCGACUGCUUCGGAAUCGACUCUGCCUGUCAUGCUGGGCCGUCCGGAUAUCAGUGCUACCAUUCGGACUAUUGUGGAUGCAAUUGAUGAACAUGAGAGGACAAUCGUCUCUGCUUGUGGCCCUGAAAGCCUCAUGAAGGAAACUCGUGGAGUUGUUGGAGACCUUGUGGCGAAUUCUGGAAGGAGUGUCACCUUGCACUGCGAGCAGUUUGGUUGGUAGGUGCGACGUUGUGGUGACUUGAAUUGGAGCUGAAGCUGUGCUUUGCUAUGGUUUAUGAAGCUCGUAUUUUUGCAGUUUCGUACCUGGUGUUUUUGUUUUGUUUGAAGUCAAGGCCUAUUUUGUGUUUUUAUGGUAUAUUAAGUGGUCCCUUCAAGCAAUAUAUGAUGUCUUUGAG